UCGCUUUUAUCUUCCUACAUUUCUUUUCCAUUUUCCGCCAACAGAGACGUCAAACAUCGCAGUCUCCUCCAACUUGCUGAGCUUCAACUCAUCGCGUCGACGCAAGAGAGCGAAACUUCCCCACCUCCUCGCACUCCAUCCUUCCGCCUCCUUUCGCCUACCGGCGACCAGCCCGCCUCGACAGUCGCCGUGCCAGCCUCGCAACACGAUUCGUCCAUUUCUCUGGUUUCCCGGGCAACUGACGCCUCUGCCGAGCUUUGCAGUAGACGUCCUGCUGAAGAGUUCCGGUCUUCUGAACCACUCGCCCCAGCUUCCGGGGAGCACGUAUGCGUGGAGGCCAUCGGUGCCCAGUCCAUUCUGGCCCUUCUCUGUCCCGAGGCAGGAUCAUCUUCUGCCGGCGGAGCUCUCUUGCCCCUGUUGAUGGGCCCUAGCGACGCCACACAGGCUCCUCUACUGCCACGGCGCGGACGACCCACCUCUCCGGGCGCCACGGCAACACGACUUCCUCACUCGUCGGAUGUGUUCACGGCGUCAACCGGCCGACGACCAAACGUCAACUUGACCCGCAUCCACGACAACCUCGCGGCGGCCUCGAGACCGGCGCAGGGCGAUGCCUUGUCUGACGAGGCAGGUCUUCUGGCGACUCGUGGCUCGACUGGCCUCUCCGAGAAGGAAUUAGGCAGCAACGACGCCAGACAGAGUGCUCUGCCUCGGCCGACCGGCGUCCAGAGUGGGGCUCAUUUGACUUUUGUUGCGCGGCAAUUUCCGGCCGAUAUCGUUGACCGGUAA